AUUGGCACGCCUGAUCUCAUUAACUCAAUGUCUGAAGUUCGAGGAAGUGUCAAAAUAAUAUUUCAAACGAAGCGUGAAUCAUGGACAAGCUUCGGCGAGUUUUAAAUGGCCGUGAAGACAAUGAGGAACUUGGGCUGACGGCGCAGGUCCUGGAUGCCUCCACGCUCAGUUACAGCACGAGGAUCAAAUGGUUCGUCAUAUGCUUCGCCUCCGGGAUCCUGUGCUCCAUACUGGGCACUGCACUACUUUUCCUGCCCAAAGGAAUGCAGCUGUUUGCAGUAUUUUACACCUUCGGAAACGUUGCAGCUCUAGCUAGUACCUGUUUCCUGAUGGGCCCACUGAAACAGCUGAAGCGCAUGUUUGAGCCGACCAGACUCAUAGCCACCUGUGUUGUGCUGCUGUGCCUUGUCCUGACCUUAUGUGCAGUCUUUUGGUGGAAAAUCAAGGGGCUGGCUAUCAUCUUCUGCAUUUUACAGUUCAUAGCUAUGACAUGGUACAGCAUCUCAUACAUUCCUUUUGCUCGGGACGCGGUCAUAAAGUGCUUCACUUCCUGUUUGAGCUAAAGCUGCUGUUCCCAGCAAUCCAUGUAAUGUCCAACAAAAAUAUAUGCAUUCAAAAUAUACAUAGUAUAUAUGUAAAAUAUUUUAUUGCAAAGAUUUUCAUUUCGUUUAUGCUAAUAUAAGCCAACAUUAUACUUUGAAAUACAUCAGACAUCCUCCGGAUUACAUAUUUGCCAUUAAAAUAAAGCUUUACUUCUUUAGAUCACUUUUUUUUUUUUUAAUUUUUUUUUUUAUAAUGUUUGCAGCAUUAUAAUUUGUAUAUUCUGGGUGAGUGAAAGGUAUGUGCCCUGAAAGAACAAAUAUUUGAGUGUUUGUGGUGAGAAACUGCUGUUGGAAGUGCCAAAACUGUGCCUUAUUUCUGUCUUAAUUUGUACAUUAAAUUACACUUCUUGUAAUAAACACGAUUAUUCUC